UCCAGGGACAACAACAGGAAGUAGAGGCGAGUUAAGAGCAGCGUGGGGAGGAUUUGGAUCCGAACGGGAUGUUUCACUGCAGCCGCGGCGGUUCCGAUCCACUCAACAUGUCCAAGAGCGACUUCCUGAGAGGAAUCAUCACCGAGAAGCUGAGCACCGCGGCCCGGGAGAUCCUGGCGGUGGUGGAGCGAACCGUGGCCGACUACGAGCAGGAGGCGUCGAGCUUCAGACGGGAGAUCGACCGGCAGCGGCGGCAGCUGGAGCUGCUGCAGCCGCUGGUCCGGCUGGACCGAGCAGAUGUGGAGGAAGCUGAGAGGCACAAACUGACUGGGAACCACUCUGAUGAAGAGGAGGAAGAGGAAGAUCCAGUGGCGAUCUCCAAGCUGAUCCAAGAAGACCUGCAGGACCCAGAUUAUGAAAUACCACCGAGGUCCGGUUUCUCCAGAGUCCAGACCGCCAGAAGGAGGAAAAGAACCGGCCAAACUCAGGUCAGCGACUCUCAGAACCACAUGAAGAAAACGCAGGUAAAGAUUGAGGUUGGUCAACAUGUCCCCUCCGAGUCUGCAGCUCCCGACCCGGUGGUUCUGAAGAGCCAUGAAACCGGGUUCCAGACGAGCUUUGUUGGCGCCGUCAACGGGUCCGCCAGCUCAGCGGACCAGAACCAGGAAGCCCAUCAGGUCACCAUGGAAUCCCAGAUGUGCUGGAACCAAGUGGUGAAGGUGGAGGUGAAGCAGGAAGAAGGUUCUGUGGCUCAGCUCACUCUGGAUCCUGAUCCGACCGACGACGACAAAUCUGGACUGCAAAGCAGCUCUCCUGAAGGCGAGUCGGAUCCCGGAGGAGACGGCCUGUCCGUCAGCUCUACGUCUGAACUCGACGACCUGGAAUCGGACGAUGACUCCAGCGACUCCAGCAGCGACACGGACGAGUCUUUAGAUGAAUCUGUCGACAGUAAUCAGGACGUUGAGCCAAAGACACAGAGGAAAACCGACAAGCUGACGUGCAGAGUGUGGGAGUGUGGUUGGUACAGGCAGCUGGGGAGUCUGAUCAGCCACAUCUGGAAUCACGUCAACGAGCCUCAUGGCGUCUGCGGCGUCUGCGGAGAGAAGUUUGAGUCUGUGGAAGCGUUAAAGCAACACCUCCCAAGUCACAAAAAGGGCUACAGCUGCUGGAUCUGUGGGAAGUACCUGCUCUCCAGCGUCACCCUCAACCGCCACAUCGCCAAGCAUGCCACAGACGCUCCCAUUAAUCUGGCGGCGGAGACUCCGAUCAAAUGCAACGUUUGCAGCAAGACCUUCUCCACCGUGCCGGCCUUGAACGGGCACAGCCGGGUCCACUUGGAAAAACGACCCGCCGGGUGCCAUCUUUGUCCAAAAUCGUUUGAUCUGAAGUCGGAUCUCGUAACCCAGAGAAAGCGCCCUGGCGGCGUCUACGGCAACGCCUCGACGGGAAGCCUGGGCUUCUCCUGCAGCCUCUGUGGGAAGACCUUCGCGCUGGAAUCCUCCCUGAAGACGCAUGAGAAAACCCACGCAACGAGCGACUGCCCGUUCACCUGCCAAGUCUGCCACAAGACUUUCCAAACCUACCAGAACCUGACGAACCACAAGAAGACUCACGGCACAGUCGGCUCCUUCCUCUGCAGCCUGUGCAACAUGAGCUUCCUGUCCGAAGACACGCUGAAGGUCCACAUGAUCGUCCACGCCAAGACGCCGUACAAGUGCUCACGGUGCGGGCGCUGCUUCAAACGGCUGGCCUACCUGGUCAACCACAUCAAGACGCAUUCAGCCUUCCAGCAGUGUGUCUGCACCAUCUGUGGCCAGGUGAGUCACGGACUGGAGGCCCUGGAGGACCACAUGAGGAUCCACACCGGGGAGAUCCCCGUAGAACAGAACCUCCACCUGGACCCGUGGUAUGAGAACACGCCGGAGGAACCGCAGGGAAGUUCACUGAUGUCUGGAGGUCAAGAGAGACACAGCAUGGUUUAAACCAUCAUCCUGCGCCGUCUGCGGGAAAACCUGGAAACCUGACCGGAGAAGAUCUGUGACAUGAAAAGAGAAACGGCCGGGAUGUUCACUG